UUGAAAAGUUGGAGGCUCUUACAAUCAACUAUUAUCAUCAUAAUUAACUAUUAAUUCAACUUAUAAGUAGCAACAAUCAGCCAUUGAUUAACAUCCCACCAACAAAAUCGAACAGUUAAUCAUUAUUAAUAAAACCAAUCGAUUGAGCAGCUCAACUAACAAUUUAAAUCUUUAUCCGUGUGUUUAUGUUGACUAUUUUAAGUUUACAUUCUCUGUCCAAUUCAACUAAUUGUGAUUAGAAAAUGAGUAAUUUAAUUAAUUUCUCAUACUUUGUUCAUCGUUACCGAACUCGUAAACAGUUAAAGUCAACUAAAUCACGAUUUAAUCGUGAUCUCGAAAACUUAAAUAACCCAUUUGCGAAUGGUGUCUGUGAUAGACCUCAGGAUUAUCUGUAUGAAAGACCAUCAAAGACUGACAUUGAAAAUAUAUUUCUUUACGCUGCCAACAAUGAUAAUCAAUGGAUAACAAUUAACUUGCAUUGGAAUCCAAUUGCUGAUGAAAAUUGUGGACUAAUCAAAGUUAAUUUUAAAUUGUUUGGCUUUAAUGGUGAUGAAACAAUUUACGAAUAUAAAAGAUCUGAAAGGAUUUACAAUCUAAAUGAUUACAAUGAUUAUUUAAUUGGUGGGUUUAGAUUGGAAAUUUUUUCACCAAUCAAACGGAUUAAGAUCCGUUUAAAUGAUUUUUGUACUUUUAAGUCAACAAUUAACGAUGAUAAUCAACAAUCAAUUGAUUAUAAAUUUGUUCGUUGCAUUGGGAUCAUUUUACCAGUCCAACAAAUUUUUGAUAAUCUACAACAAUUUGAUUCUAAAUUUAUAUCAAGCCAAUUAACUUCUCAAUCACAAUCAUUUCCAUUGACUGAUUUAACUGAUAUUGGUUCACAUAUUAAAUUGUUGGUAUCAAUUGAUCAACAAUCAACAGUAGAAACUAAUCUAUGGGGAUUAAGGAGUAAAUUAAGAUUUAAUCAACACGAUAAUUACAAGAAUUGUCAAAUGAUUAAGUUUUCUGGAUACGCGAUUAAGAAAGGUUAUAACUUCUCAAUCACUUUAAUCAAAUCAAAUGAUCGUUGGUUUAUCAAUGGUUUUUCCAAUUGGGGUAUUACAUUGGUGUUCCCAAUUGUGAUUGCAACUAACUCUCAACAAUUAAUUGAUGGAGACGAGAAAAUUAAUCUUAUCCUCGGAAACAAAUAUCGCUUAUUCAAUGUAAUUGGUAAUCAAAUUAUCAACAGUCAAUCAUUUUACUCGAUCACAAUUGAUGGCUGUCCAGGGAUCGGUCAUUAUAUUAGAUUGCCGUUUACUGGAAACGAAAGUGACUUUGAUUGUAAAAUAGUUGAUUGUGGUCCACUAAUUGGUGCGAUUCCUUCAUUUUCAUCAUCACCAGCUGAUCCAAUUGUUGUUAACUUAGAUCAACCAUUAGCAAUUAACUCAAAAUUAACUGGUGGUAAAGGUAGUUCAUUAGCCAAAUUAACAUCAAUUUUAAUUGGUAAUCAAAAGUUAGGAAAAGUACCUUCAGGUAUUGUUGUGACAACAAAAGCUUACCAAUUAAUGUCACAAUCAAUUGGAAUACAAAGUUACAUCGAUCAACUUAAUCAAACAUUAAGUGAUAGAAAACAAGAUGAAAGUAAAUUGCAAAUUGAUUGUGAUUCAAUUGUCAACUCAAUCGGUUCCAAUGAUCUUCCAGAAACAAUCAAACAAUCAAUUUUGAGCUCAUUAAAUCAACUAUUUGAUGACAAUUGGAUUAAUAACAAAAAAUUAGCAAUCAGAUCUUCGGCUUUCGGUGAAGAUUCAACUGAAUUAUCAUGUGCCGGUCAAAUGGAAACUUUUCUUGGUAUAUCAACAUUAGAAGAGGUUUAUCAAUGUGUAAUGAAGUGUUGGGCCUCACAAUUUAGAUUCAUAGCAAUUAAUUAUAAAUUACUCAAUGGACUUGAAUUGAAUCUUCCAAUGGCUGUGGUAAUUCAAGAAAUGAUUGAUUGUGAUCAAGCGGGUGUUUUAUUUACUUGUGAUCCGAUUACAGGUAAUCAAUUAACAGCUUUAAUUACCGCUAAUUAUGGUCUCGGCGAGAGUAUCGUCUCAUCAAAAUCUGAUCCUGAUACAAUUAGAGUCAAAUUGGAAAUGUCUUCAAAUGGAUUAACAAUUAACACAAUUGAAAAUAUUGAAAUUGGUGCUAAAGAGCAGAUAAUUAAACUUAAUCCAUCGGGUGACGGGACAAUCACAAUUGACUCACAAUUAAGUGAAUCAAUUUGUUGUCUCAAUGAGAAUCAAAUAAUCAACUUAACCUCAACAUGUUUAAAGUUUGCAUCUUAUUUCAAUGGUCCAGUUGAUAUCGAAUGGGGAUUAAGAUCAGAUGAAAUUUACUUGUUCCAAUGCCGACCAGUGACCAGCUCAUCUUCAAGUGAAUUAACUGAUUGGGAAUUAAGUCAUGAAAUCGAUUCGGCUCAUGUUAGCUCUAAUGAGUACCACACUCGAGCCAAUUUAGGCGAAGUCUACCCCGGAACUACCUCAUACAUUUGCCAUGAUUAUCAAAUGCCCUCAUCAUCCCUUCCUUAUGUGAAAAAAUUUUUUUCGAACAUGAAAGAGUUUUGUUUUAUUCCCUAUGUUGCCCGCGGGCUUGUCUUCAAUCAGCAUCAUUGCUUUUUCUCUCUUAAAGAUGGUAUAAUGUUUAGUUACGAUACUCCACCGGAAAAGGAAAACAUCAUCUCUACCUCAAUGGAAUACGCGCUUUUGGGACAGAAGAUUGAUGAUUACGAUAUGAAGGCUGAUUCAUAUGAAAGAAUAUCACAAUUAAUUGGAGAAUCUAAGUUAACUAAAUUAAAAUCAACUCUUGAUCUUGUCUUCAUGGGACCAAGAAGAUUAAGGAAAAUUAAACUAAAUCAGUUCCAAUCUAAAGUUGACCAGAAUUCAACCAGUUAUCAAAUGUUAAACGAGAUUUUAUUCAAUUCAGAUUAUAUUUGGGAUAUUUUUGUAGCUCAUCUUAGUGUGACCAUUGGAUCGUCCAUCAUGAAUCUACUUGCGAUUUCAAUUCUAUCAGCCUCAGAUAAAAAUAGUCCAACAGUUUUAACCGAUUUCGCAAAAUUGUUGGCCUCAUGUGAGCAAGUGGUCAGUGCUCAGAUUCCCGUUAUCCUCAAGAAAUUAGCGUCAAAGGUUAACGAUGAAAAUGAGAUAAACUUGAUUACCAAUUUAACUGAUGAACAAAUUGAAGAUUACCUUAAAAAUGGGACCAGCGAAUUAGCAAUCAAUUAUCGACAAUUUAUCACUGAUUAUGGUCAUCGGGGGUGGAAAGAGUUUGAUUGGGCCGGAAAAGUUUGGAGGAAAGAUUCAUCAUUGAUAAUUAAUCCAUUGAGAAGCUUAAUUUCCCAACAAUUAAACAGUGAUGAAAGAAAGCCUGAUAAGGUAACAAUUAGUGAUGAUCAAAUUAUUGAUUCGCUUGAAACACCACUAUCUAAAUCAUCACGAUUCGCGUUGAAACGAUUUGUAUUACCUUGGUGUCGUAAAUAUGUCUCUCUGCGAGAAGAAGGUAAAAACAAAUUAGUUUGGAAAAUUGAUCAGAUGCGUAAAUUGUUUGAUCAAAUGGCUGCGAAAUUAGCUUAUCAUGAGCACCGUCUACCCGAUCCUAAUUUAGCUUAUUAUCUGACACCCGAUGAGUUAUUACAAUUAACUCAAUCAUCUAAUCCUGGAUUAGUUUUAUUAGCUAAGAGACGACAAAAAGUCCUCCAAAAAUCAGAUUCAUUUGAAUUUCCAAUCAUUUCAAUUGGACCGAAAAUGUUACCAAACAAUUUACCAUCGGAAGAUGAUGAUGAUGAUCAACAUUGGACCGAUGGUCAAGAAAUCACUGGAACACCAGUUAGUCAAGGCAAAAUUAAAUCAACUGUUAUUGUUGCGAGAAACCUUCAAGAUGCAACUCAAAUUAAGUCUGGUGAUAUAUUGAUCACUUAUUCAACUGAUAUCGGCUGGAGUCCUUACUUUCCAAUAAUCGGUGGAUUGAUUACAGAAAUUGGUGGACUAAUUAGCCACGGAGCAGUGAUUGCUCGUGAAUUUGGAUUACCCUGUGUAGUUAAUGUUAAAAAUGCUUGUAAAAUAUUUAAAUCUGGUGAUUUGAUUUCAAUGGAUGCAAACAAAGGAGUUAUCAUGAAAUUAACUCAAUCAAUCAAUUGAUUUACCUUUGCGACUCUUUUAAUCUUUUAACUAAUAAAUGAUUUAUUAGUAUUUUCUAA